UUCAAGGUUGAACGCCCAUAAAAACUACCGAUAGUAAUUUGAACUUGUCCUACAAGAAUUUAGACACUCCGAAAUGCCGAAAAGGCUGGUACGGCCAUCGCAAUACAUUGAUUUUUAUAAAUGCAGCAGUAUAGAUUUCAGUUCGCACAAUGUAUCCAGCGAGUUAACACAUUUCAACCAUAUACCUAAUUAUUUUUUUGGGUUUAUAUUUCAAAAUGAUUUCAAAUAACUUCAUUAGCAAGAAAUGGAUUAGCGACGAAAGCCCUGAAGAAGAAGACUUGUUCAAUCAUUGCAGGGAAAUUGAAAUAGUUUGUUAUGCAAUCACUAGAGUCAUUUUAGAUGCCGAUUAUAAAUGGAAAGGAUCCAUCGAAAGAGACACUGCGCAUUCGUUAAGCAACAAAAGCUAUAUAAUGGACUUAGUAAAUAUACAGGUAUUAGAUCAAAUAAUAGAGUAUUUAUCGAAAAUAGUUAAAUCAUAUUAUAAAUUAAGUCCGAAGUUAGCGAGAUUGAAUAAAGAUAGUGAAUUGCUUCGAAACAAGCACGAUCUUAUUUUUGAUAAACUCUGCAGUAGUAGAUUUAUAAUGUUGCAAGCUAUUCAUGGACUUAUAACGACAUUACUAAACAACUGCUUGCACCGCGAGGACUCUAGGAAGAUAAUAGAAUCGUGUUUGAAUUUAGUCACAGUCUACAAUCAUCUUCUGGGCAUAAGUUACAAAAAAUUCAAAGCGAAAUUCAAUAUAUGCAGUAACACGUAUCCAAAUACUAUUAGUGAAACAAAACCAAUUACUUUGACCAAAAUUGUACAGGUCUUGUCGAAGAGUCGUGUAGAAAUAAAUUGUCAACGACUUAUAAAUUGCUUAGUUAAGGCUUAUAAGCCGCAAGAAGAUUCCGAUAACGACUCUAGUUCCAGUUCAGUGGACAGUUUAGAAAUUUAUCAUACUUUAACCAAACACAUAACGCCGCCAUCGUCUUCCGACCGGAGAGGAUCAAAUGAAAAACGUAAAGAAUCGCUCGUAGAAAAGAAGAAAUUAAAAAUGAAACAGGCUCAAAGUUUGAUAGAAAUGAAAAACAAAGAGAACAAAAUUUUUACAGAGAUAGUGAGCGGACAGAACUCUGACACCGAUGUGCCUUAUACCUCGCUAGUAAACAACGCACACGCUUUAGAAAAUAUUUUUAAUAAUGAAGAUAAUGUCAAUAGUAUUCUACAGAGCGAAGAAAUGUUUAUUGAAAUAUUAUUAGAUACUGUUUCGAAUAAGUUUCCAACCUUACUUGGCCCCAAUGGAGUAAAAAGAUUGAAAACAGGUAGACUACAGGCCAGCAAAAAAGCUGCCCAAAAAGUAACCGAGUAUUAUCAAAAUAUUCUAUGGGGUGAUGUAGGAAGCUGUCUAGAACAUAUCGUCUUGUGGUGGUCUGCGUAUCCCUUAGCUAUGAGGUCCCCAAAUACAAGUCAAAAUCUACGACAAUGGUUAUUUAGUACUUUUAACAUAAACAAUACCCCUGAUCUAAUAUUGUCUGCUUUGAGGAUAUUGGCCGAUGCUUUGGGCUGCCAUGUCACAUCCACUUCUUGGGACAAAAAUUUUGGUACCACUUUGCGGACCGAUUUAACGCCAACAAACUUGAAACUUCAUCCGGACCUUUCCUUGUACGUAUCUGAGUGUACGGUGUCUGGUGCUAAUUUCGCUCUAAUGCUACAAGAAUUAGUAACACUCAAUAAUCAGUGUGAGGUGACAUGGGAUUUUAUAUUGGGAGCGCCGAUCGAGGAUCUACCUAUCGUCGAGCAAAUACCCAUUUUACAUAGGCUUGAUCAUUCGAUUCACACUUACCGGUUAUGGUGCCUUGCAGUCACACGCCGAUUAGCCAAUAUGUGGGAGAUGGAUGAUUUCUUCCGUGUCGCACACAAUGACAUGCAAGCUUGUAUGGAACAAUUACUUAACCUGAGAUUCGCCGAUCAUUCGGCAACUAUUGAAGAAGGGAAGAUUGGGGUACAUGAAAACGUUUGUGCAAAAAUGAGAGAAAAAUUAGUGUCCGAAGUGAAAGCCAAUAUACAGAAAUUGAAGGAAGCUUCAGAAGAAAUAACGCUGAUGGUGUGCGCUGUUUGUAGUACGACAAGUUUAGCGCACUUGACGCGGAUAUUCCCGCAUUCGUCGCACUGGAAGCGGCUCACUAACCCCCCUCAGCAGCACCACUCACUAUACGUACACUAUUAUCUGGAUAAAAUGCUACUGCCUGUGAUUAAGGCAACUCAGGACGUCACCACACUAAACAUGGUAUUAAGAAUUGUGGGAGAGUCUUGGCUGCAUCAUAUAUACAUGGCCAAAGUUAAAUUUAGACGAUGUGAAGGUGUCGGCCGGCUGCUAUUACAUGCACCAGGCGAUCUUAUAUCUAUGCAGGAGUCUACUAUGCAGUCUGCCCAACAAAUCCGGAAAGAUGUAACCGAAAACGAUUCUCCAGAGCAAAUGAUGCCGGCGGAGAUGUAUGUACCGAACCAGAAACAGUGGCUCACGCUCAGAGCGGGAAAGCUGAAAGGACCUGUAGUUUUUUCUCUGUGCUGUGUCGUAUUAUUGUGAUGCCUUUGAAAAUAAAUAAAACAAAUUU